CCCAUUAUAUUCAACGUAAACGUGGCUUGAAUUCUCCGAUUCUCCUCCACACAAAAUUCGAACACGGAUGGUACACUGGUCUGUCCUGUACUACUGUUCGUCUCCCGGCCUCACGGUCCUUAUCGCGUCGUCCCGUCUCGGCCACCUCUGUCUAGAUCUCCCUCGUCGACGUCUGGCGUGCGUCGGUGCGUGUACGCGUCACGUCGUCAACCUCGAGCUUGGGCAUGCAAACCUCCGGCAUCGGUUGUGUCGCGGUGAACCGGUGAUUAACCCUCCUUGUUUUAUAAGGUGCAGGCGCGCAGCCAUCUAAGCUAAGCUACCGAGAAAACAGAGGCUAGGACUAGGAGUUGGACAGUCACAGAGGCAGCCAAUGGCGGAGCUUCACUUCGUGCUCGUCCCGCUGGUGGCGCAGGGCCACAUCAUCCCGAUGGUGGACCUGGCGCGCCUCCUCGCCGGCCGCGGCGCGCGCGUCAGCGUGGUCACCACGCCCGUCAACGCCGCGCGCAACCGGGCCGUCGUCGACAGCGCGCGGCGGGCGGGGCUCGACGUCGAGCUCGCGGAGGUCGCGUUCCCCGGCCCGGGCCUCGGGCUGCCGGACGGGAUGGAGAACGUCGACAUGGUUGUGGAGAAAGACCACUUCAUGCCCUUCUUCCAGGCCUUGUGGAAGAUGGACGAGCCGCUGGACGAGUACGUGCGGUCGCUGCCCCGGCGUCCCGACUGCCUCAUCGCCGACUGGUGCAACCCGUGGACGGCAGCGGUGUGCGCCCGCCACGGCAUCCCUCGCCUGGUGAUGCACUGCCCGUCCGCCUACUACCUCCUCGCCACGCACAGCCUGUCCAAGCACGGCGUGUACGACCGCGUCGCCGACGAGCUGGAGACGUUCGAGGUGCCGGACUUCCCCGUGCGCGCCGUCGGGAACAGGGCCACGUUCCGCGGCUUCUUCCAGUGGCCAGGAAUGGAGAACUACGAGCGCGACAUCGUCGAGGCCGAGGCCACCGCCGACGGCCUGCUGAUCAACACGUUCCGCGACCUCGAGGGCGUCUUCGUCGACCACUACGAGGCGGCGCUCGGCAGGAAGACGUGGGCCGUCGGGCCGACGUGCGCCUCCGGCGGUUUGGACGCGGACGCAAUGGCCGGCCGGGGCAAACGCGCGGACGUCGACGUCGGCGUCGUCCUGUCCUGGCUUGACGCCCGGCCGCCGUCGUCCGUGCUCUACAUCAGCUUCGGCAGCCUCGCGCAGCUGUCGCCGAAGCAGAUCAUCGAGCUUGGCCGGGGCCUCGAGGCGUCGGAGCGGCCGUUCGUGUGGGCUAUCAAGGAGGCCAAGUCCAACGCCGACGUGCAGGCGUGGCUCGCCGAGGGUUUCGAGGAGCGCGUCGCGGACAGGGGCCUCCUCGUCCGCGGGUGGGCGCCGCAGGUGACCAUCCUCUCGCACCAGGCGGUGGGCGGCUUCUUGUCCCACUGCGGGUGGAACGCCACGCUGGAAGCCAUCGCCCACGGCGUGCCGGUGCUGACAUGGCCCUACUUCGCCGACCAGUUCUGCAGCGAGCGGCUGCUCGUCGAGGUCCUCGACGUCGGCGUCAGGUCCGGCGUCAAGCUGCCGCCCAUGAACCUACCGGAGGAGGCCGAGGGGGUGCAGGUGACGAGCGCCGACGUGGAGAAGGCGGUGGCCGAGCUCAUGGACGUGGGUCCCGACGGGACGGCGAGGAGGGCAAGGGCGAAGGAGCUCGCCGCAAAGGCGAAGGCAGCCAUGGAGGAAGGUGGGUCGUCGUACGCCGACUUGGACGACAUGUUGCGCCACGUCGCGGAGCUAAGCAUGAAGAAGAGCCACGACGAGGACACGAGCGUGAGCACUCUGCCUUCUGCGCCAGAGCUUGGGAGUAAGAACAAGGAGAACUUAGGAGCCGGCGCCACAUUGUCAGUAGAGUCCUAAGCUGCAUAGCACCAUAUGAUUAGCAUCUUGGACCAUAAUAAACACAAGUAGGCGAGUAAACUGUAUAUAAAUCUACCUCCAUUUGAUUCAAUGCCUCGGUGGUGACCAAGGGGCUGAUAGGAUUCAAUGGACGUUAAAUUUGAACUUCCCGAACACAUUUUGUUGUUAACAGUGUGGCAACACUGUAAGCUAAGAGCAACUCUAACAACGUGGUUCUUAUUGUUGUGAAUGCUAUUUUAAAAAUUGUAUAGUAAAAAAUAGGUUUCAACA